GAAUGAAUCACUAUGUGCCUGCUUCUACUUAUUCAGAGGAUACAGAAGACCAAAAUGGUUCCAGAUAUGAGAUGAAGGAGCUGAUGUUUAAAAUAUUAGUUAUUGGUGACUAUGGUGUUGGUAAAACAGCUAUUAUCAGAAGAUAUACCGAAGGAACAUUUACUCAGAAUUAUAAAAUUACAAUUGGUGUUGAUUUUGCAAUCAAAUCUUUGCAGUGGGACGAAAACACUUUGAUAACUCUACAAUUGUGGGACAUAGCUGGACAUGAAAGAUUUGGCUACAUGACUGGUACCUACUAUAGGCAUUCGCAAGCGGCAAUCAUUGUUUUUGAUUUGGUUAGAAUUGCUACCCUUGAAUCAGUGAUAAAGUGGCAUAAGGAUCUUAAAGAAAAAGUUGUAACAUCUAAUGGUUUGCCUCUUCCUGUGAUAUUGCUUGCUAAUAAGUGUGAUGUUCAUGGUGUUACAAUUCCGUGUGAUUAUUUGAAACAGUUUUGUAAGCAGAACAACAUACUUGCAUGGUUUUUUUCAUCAGCCAAAGAAAACAUCAAUAUUGGUGAAGCCAUAAAAUAUCUCGUUGAAAAAAUAAUUCAUACGCAAAAGCUGAACCCAUAUGAAUCAACAAGAAUCAACAGUACAUCUUUCCAGCUAACAGCGAAGAAAAUUGUCAAGAAAAAGAAAUGUUGUUGAAGGAAUGAAAUGAUUUAAUCCUUAUCAUGUAUUCUUCUACCUUUGCUAAAAGGUGGGAAAUGGCUUCAUAAAAGUCGAGAAUGUUUCCAAGUUGUUGAUAUGGUGCAGAUAUUUAUUGGUCUGAAAAUGUGUGGUUGUGAAUUUCUUUGUCUCUGAAAGAUGGUGAGUUUCCAGUGAUUGAACAAAAUUGCCUGUGUCGUAGGUCAUAUUGUUGGCAUUUCAUUUUUUUUCCUUUCAUGAUUUUAUCAUUAAAACUUUUACUUAGCAUGUCUGCAUCUUAAUAUGUUUUGUGCCAUGUGUAGAGCUGCAGAGCUUUAGUACGAGCCAAAGAAAUUAUUUUUUUUUUUGUUAUCCAAUUGCACCAUUGCCAUGAAUUGUUUGAAAGCAGCUAUACACAGUGCACAUGAAUUAAGUAUUCAUGUUUUUUUAUUCUUACCGCAUUGCUCCGCAUCAGCAGAUAUGCCAAUUCGGAGUUGAUCAGGUUUUCAAUAAUUUUGCCUUGCAUGCGACAAAAAACUAGUUUAGAAAAAUAUUUAAUACUGGAAAAUCGCCCGAAGUAAUUGCCUGUUUCGAGAUAUUUUGAUACUUGAAAUCUUAACUCUAACUCUCUAACUCCAGUGGAUUAACCUUAAGCUAAAGUAGAUAGCGUUAAGCUGUUGACCACUUAUUUAAACUUUUUUUUUAUGUUCGAAAUUGAAAUAAUUCUUAAUUCAGAUAUAAAGCUGUUAAAUUAAUUUUUUGUUUGAUUAAUGCUAUUAUGAAAAAUGCAAAUAUUUUUAUUAUUAUAAAAUAAAAAAACUGGGCAUGUAAAAAUUUUAUUUGGGCAUAUAUUGUUUAUUUUGACAAAUAUACCCAUUAGGGCAUGUCAAAUAUUAAAGAUUUUUCUAAACGUGGUGCAAUUAUAAAAUACAAUUCAGGUCCACAAAUGCUUAUUGAAACUGAGAAAGCAAAUUUACUUUUUUUUUUCAAAAUAAACCCAAAAUUAUCCGACAUGCCAGAUAAUUCAAAUUUUCCAGCGUGCUGGUCCACCUUACUUAAUUCCGGCAUGCCAGCUGGUGCAGGAUAAUACGGUACUUUUUGUGUGUGUAUUUGUGGUGAAACUUUUUAUCUUGUUAUAUGUACAUAUGUUUUUAUCUCAUUUUUUUUUUGCGAAAUUUUAUUUAUUCUGAUAUUGAUCACAAAUCAAAUCGUCUUGAUAGGAACAUUCUGUAAGGCAGUUGUAAAUAGUGUUAGGAAUUUAAUUUUUCAUUGUAUGUUGUACUUAAUUUUUUUACCUGUAAUGUUAUAAACUUGAUCUCCAAACUUCUUGUUACGUUUUGCAUCAUUGUCAAUUCAAAUGAAGUUAUUAAUCCAUUAACUUACGGAAUAAAUAUUAAUAAAAGAUCAUUUUAAUUAAAUUUUUAUGCAUAAUUUGUAUCUCAUUUUGCCAAACUGGUGCUAUGAACUACCUAUUCAAAUAUUUUUUAAUCUUUUGUGAUGUUAUCUGGUGAAGCUAAAAUUAUUAAAUGUUGGAAGUAUAAAAUUAAUCUUUAAAUGAAAUUGUUAUAGAGGUAUAAAAAUACUUUUUGUAGCAUAAAAUACGUUCUAUUAAUUUAAUUAAAUUAAGUACAGUUCACUUAGAAAUCUGUUUUUAAUUAUAAAUGUUAUGUAAGAAAAAUGUUUUUUGUGUCAAAAAAAAAAAAAUGAAAAGAAUUUGUUAAGCAAACUAGUUCUAUUAAAUUAAUUUCAACUGCAAUAAUGUUUUUAAAAAAUAGCAUGAUUCUUUGCAUUUGCUUUUGUCUGAUUUUCAAGACUUAGGAAUCUAAAUAUUUGAUACAUUGGCAUUUUGCAUAUCAAUUCUCAUGGCACAAAGUUAUCAGUUUUUAUGUUAGGAUACUUGUGAAAGGUUUCAUCAAAAACUAAAGGAUGCUAUCUAACUAUAGUCCUUAUUUUCACAUAAUAUUUGAAAUCUCUACAAUCUUACAUGAUAGCUUAAGUGGUUUCAUUCAAAAAGAGUUAACAGUAUAUUUAAAACUAGAAGCACCUACAAGCGAUGUCCAUGCUAAAAAUUUAAUGGAAGUCUGUUGAAUAAAAAAAACUUGACGCCCCCACCCCCUCUGAUGUGAAAUGAUAAUUUUUGUUUGUAUAAAAUGCAUACACACCUUUUCAAAAAAAAAAAAAGAAACUAUUGAAGUUUCUUUGGAAUUAAAAACUUUUUGUCAAAUCAUUAAAUUAUAUUUACAGUUGCUUUAAAACUCUAUUUAGCGAGUGAAGCAGUUUUUACUGCAAUUUAAAAUUUUUCGCCAAAUAAACAAAAAAAAAAAAAAAGACAUCAAAUAAUAUCUUUCAAAUGUAAAAAUAAUUCCGCAGCUCUAUUGUUUAUCGCCAAACUUGCCCAGCAACCAUACUAUCAUAAUCCAUCCGUCUAACAAAAAAAAUAUAUGUAUUGGAACAUUCAAAAAUUAUCGUCAGAAAAAAAAAGUGUCUUACAUUUCACUCGGAUAAAAACAAAUCAAGAGUUUCUUUUCUUUCUAAACAAAUCGCCAAAACAAUUAAUUACACUUAUGGUUGCUUUAAAACAAUAGUCCUAGACUGAACUGCUUUGUGCCUAACGCGCCAAGGGACCAUGCUACCAGAACCCAGUCCUUUUGCCAGUGAAGCGGGUGUUUUUUUUUUUUUUGGCAGUAAUAAAUAUUUCGCCAAACAAACAAAAAAGUGUAAAAUCACAUUAACAGUAGCUUUCAAAUCUUUAUAUAUUAAGAGCUGCGUAGCUCGGUCUACCUUGAGAAUAAAAAUUGUGUCAAGUGACAUAUAUUCAACAAUCAGGCUUAAAUAAAAGGAAGAAAAAAACACCAUACAAAAUUACCCUUCCAAACAAUGACGACAGAUACUACAAUACUUUUAAAAAAUUAAAAUGCAAAAGAUGGAUUUUAAAAGCAUAACCAUGGAAACACAAAAUAAAAUAAGUUUAAGAAGUUAAAUGCAAAAUAAGAAAAGAAACAAUGGAUUCAAAAAGCGUAACUGUGGAAACGCGAAAAUAAAAUGGUUGACAACCUGAAUCAAAAUCACAUUUUUCGAAUUUGAUUUAAAAAUGCUGGUAACUUUUUUCCUUUGAAGGUGGAAGCUAAGUUUUUCGACCAUUGGUCAAGAGAGAUCUAGAGUAAAAAAAUGUCACUUUUUCCAAUGGUGUCAAAAAGAAAACUCUGGGACAACUCCUUCACUUUUUAUUGAUAAAUUUAAUGAAGAAAGUAGUGCCUAAAUUUCAGCUAAGCCUAAAAAAGUUCGAGCUAAAAACGCAAAUUACUCCCGCUGUAAUUAAGUUAGAGCAAUGAAAGAAAUUGUUUAGAACGCGGAAAAUUCUAGCUUUUUCAACGAUAUAUUCUAAUAUGUGCAUUGUGCAAGUAAUUUUUCACUCCCAUAUUCUAGAAUUUAUGUGAAAUUUAGGCCUAAAUUAAAAUAAAAAAAAUUAUCGGACUAUUUAUCGGAUUUUUUCGAAUUAUAGCCUAUGUCACUCUGUAAGAAAGCACCUUUCAUAUAGUGAAGGAAUUUUUCAAAUAGGUGCUACUCGAACAUAUAAACACACAAAAAUCCGCCCUCUCUCUUUAAAAUAUUAAUAUAGAUGAGCUUUUAUAAAUAUAUUUUCAGAGCUUCUUUAAAUUAGCUUAAUACAUAGUUUCUAUAAAAUAUUUGUUCUGAAUGCAAUGAAUGUACUAAAUGCAAAUAUUUAAAUGCUUAAUUUGCAACUUCUGUGAGAGUCAUGUAAAAUGCCACAAAAUAGAAAUAAGAGACUAGUUAGUAUGUUUGAGCUUUUUACGGUUGAAACAACUUAUAAAUUUAAGUGUUGUUAGAACUUUAGGAUUAUAUAUAUAUAUGUAUAUUUAUAAAUAUAUAUCAAAUAUAUGAUAAGAAUUUGCUUUACAAAUGCAUUGAACCUUUGUGCACCAGACAAUAUUCUGAGCUUAGUGAUGCUUUCUCAAUCUCUUAUCACUUAGAUUAAAUUGUUAUUACAUGGUUAUUGUAGUAAAUCAGUAUAUGUGAGGUUCAUUGUAAAAUCAAAACUGUUGGUAGUGGAGAGAAGUUUCGAUGUUCAAGCUGUUAGAAUAAAUAAUACUUGCUUACGAAUGCACUGAAGCUAAUCAAAACUGACCUAGGAAAACUUCAGAAUGUUUGUAUGAUUGUAGCUUACUUUUUUGUUAACCUUAUAAACGUCAUGUUCAUGCGACAAUUUCCUUACAAAUCAAAAUGUACAUUGAGACUAGAUCAGAGCGAAAUUGCUGGGACCAAAGAAUUUUUUUUAUCUUCUUUCUGCCAAAUAUGAAUUAUUACCAUUGAGCAAAAUUCUGUUUUUUUUU